AUGUCUGACCGUCGGGAACUCCAGGGUACUGACAGUUCGUGGACAAGUUCUUUUGCCGAUGCUUUACAACAGAAUCUCCAGCUUGAAGACAAGCUUCUGAGGGAAGAGAAUGAGACACCACAAGAAAAACUACAACGGCUCCUCUCCACUAGGUCUGUUAUAUCUACCUCCUCCUCUUUUGCAGAGCGUCAGCAAGCUGCCGUCGGUUUGAAAAGUCCGUUUCGGGAGAUUGGAACCGGCUCGAUCGGUAAGAUAUUCGAGCAGCCAGGAACACCUUGGGCGUUCAAGGUCCUCAUUGUCGACCGUACGGAUAAACUCUGGAAUAACUAUGCUAUGCAUCUCAAAGUCCAGCAAAGUUUUGAUAGAUUGGGAAAUAUACCGGGGCCUGUCGAAGUACCUCGAGUAUCAUGGUUUGCUAGCAAAGAUUCAGAGUUCUGGACGGAAAACCUACACCUCUUCCCGAAUGAGCCCACAUUCACAAGACGACCCCGGGAAAUUCUCUGUAUGGAACGAAUCAUGCCUCUGCCCCAGCCAGUGAGGCAUGCCCUCAUCGACAUUUUCUGCAAUCCGAACAAUGCCCAAGUGGCGAAAAGUGAUCCCCUGAAUAAGGACUGUCUUAUCCGUCUACUUUUAGGUCGGAAGCGGUUCGGGUCCUCACGACCAGGCGGUAGUAUGUUUUUUUCUCUGCGCAAUUACAAAUUACAUGUCGACCAGAUCCAAGAUAUCAAGCUUGAUGCGGAUGAGUACGCCAGGGGUAUGGCUGAUGCUCUAGCAGUCCUCCAUUGGCAUGCGAAAAUUGAUGCUAUGGAUGUGGAGUUUGUCCUCGGAAGUUCACCAAUCGAUCAGAACGCUGUCCGGAGAGAGAUGCAUUUCCCAGAUAUUCAACGCCUGUGUCCAGAAACGUAUGGUUAG